AUGUGGUUUGAUAACUAUUCAAAGCUUGUGGAAAAUAAGUUUGGAACCAUUAGCCCAAAGCCAAUUUCUAUUUCUCCAUUUGUUAGUUUAUUCCCAAACAACAACACUUUCAUCAAUAACAAGAAUUAUCAUUUUAUGACUAGUUUGGGUAAACAAGUUAACCAGAGUAGAGUUUUUGAUUUUUUGAGAUAUGUCUUUCCAGUAGUUGAUGCUAAAGAAUUCCAAAGAUUUCUUUUGAUAAAUAAGCAGCUAGACGACAAGCAACUUUACAACUUAAUUCAAUCAAAUUACCUUAAUUCAAACAUUUCAAAAGCGAAGAUAUUAUUUAAUCUUGUAAGAUAUAACACGUUCAUACUUGCUAAAGAAAUUGAAAGGCAAAUAUCUGAAUUACUUGAAAGCAAUAUCCUUCACAAUAGAAAGUUUGAUGGCCAGUUGACCAUUGGAGAUUGUGGAAGAUUUACAAAUUUAUUGAAGAAGAAAUUCAAAGUUAGUGGCUCAUCCUUUGUAGUCAAUGAUAAAGAAAGAGCAACCGAUGUAUUAGAGAGGAAAUCUUUAACACCAGUCGGUAAAUUUGUACCAUAUGAUCAAUUACACGAUAUUCCUUCUAAUAGUGUAGAUUUAAUAACUUGUUUCAUAGGAUUGCAUCACUACACUGACACAGAACUAAACUUGUACAUGAAAGAACUCAAAAGAAUUCUUAGACCUAAUGGAAUAUUUAUUUUGAGAGAGCACGAUGUGGACAACGAACACAUGGAAUCUAUGGUUCAUGUAGCUCACAAUAUUUUCAAUGCCCUGACAGGUUUGACAUUUGAGGAUAAUGAGAAGGAAUUCAGACACUUCAGAUCUAUGAAAGAAUGGAAUAGCAUUUGCAAAUCAUUUGGAUUUUACAACUUGGAAAAUUAUCAACUUCAACAUGGCGACUCCACAAUAGAUUUAAUGACUGCCUACGUUAAUGAAAAAGAUGGUGAUCAUGCAUCCACAAAUGUCACCAAUCCUAUUGAUAGUUCUAUUGGAAAUUUGAUGAAUAUUACAGAUAAGGAUUACAAAAGAGAUCAAAACAAGACAGAUUUUACCAUACCAGAGUGGUUCACAGUUGAAAUUGUUCAACACAUGGGACGCUUCUUGCAACAUACUCCUUGGUAUGAUUAUCCAUAUAAUCAUACUAUUUCCAAAUUCUGGAAACUCUUCUUCAACUCUUGUACAAGAGUAAUGAAGAGGGAUGGAUUGAAACAAGUCUUUGCAGGAUACUUCUUUAUGAAUCUGACUAUUGGAGCUAUUUCAUCCAUACUCCUUGCACAAAUGGGUAUUUUGGCAAUGCUUCCUCGUUUUGGAUCAAAAUUCUUCAAUAAUACAACUGCCAAUAUUACAACUAUUCAGGCAAUUAUUUCUGCUAAGGAAGAUAUAAGAUCCACCCUUGAAAAAUGUGACAUUCACAUCAUUAAUGAAACUAUGAAUGACAAGAGAGAAUAUCUUUAUCAUGUCAAAUUACCAAGAUUCCUCCCAUUCACACAAUCACUUCAACACCUCGCAAAACAAACUCCAUAUGCACAACUAGAGGAAAUUGCUGGCAAUCAAAUGGUCAAUGUUAAAAUCACUAUCAGAAAUCCAAACAUUAUCAAAUUCAGCUCCCUUGUCAAGUGCCAAGAAAUUGAAAAUUAUCAAGUUGUACCAAAUAAUGAGCAUCACAACGAGACUGUCAUUAUCUAUUCUGUCUCUGUAAAAAAUCUAAUUCAAUUUUUGAGAGAAGCAAUGAAUCAGACUGGACUAGAACAAAUCCAGAUUCAUGAUUUUUAA